AGCAGUAGCAGCAGCAGCAGUAACAGCAGCAGCAGUAGCAGCAGCAGUAGCAGUAGUAGCAGUAGUAGCAGUAGCAGCAGUAGCAUCAGCAGUAGUAACAGUAGCAGCACUAGCAGUAGCAGCAGUAACAGUAAUAGCAGUAGCAGCAGUAGUAGUAGCAGUAGCAGCAGUAGCAGUAAUAGCAGUAGCAGCAGUAGCAUCAGCAGCAGUAGCAGUAACAGUAGCAGCAGCAGCAGCAGUAGCAGUAGUAGCAGAAGUAGCAGUAGCAGCAGCAGUAGCAGCAGCAGCAGUAGCAGUAGUAGCAGUAGUAGCAGUAACAGCAGCAGCAGCAGUAGCAGUAGCAGCAGCAGCAGUAGUAGCAGUAGCAGCAGUAGUAGUAGCAGCAGUAGCAGUAACAGUAGCAGCAGUAGCAGUAGCAGCAGUAGCAGUAGCAGUAGCAGCAGUAGUAGCAGUAGUAGCAGCAGCAGCAGUAGCAGUAGUAGCAGUAGCAGCAGCAGCAGCAGCAGUAACAGCAGCAGCAGUAGUAGCAGUAAUAGUAGCAGCAGUAAUAGCAGUAGCAGCAGUAGCAGUAGCAGUAGCAGCAGCAGUAGCAGCAGCAGCAGUAGUAGCAGUAGCAGUAAUAGCAGUAGCAGCAGUAGCAGUAAUAGCAGUAGCAGUAGUAGCAGUAGCAGCAGUAGCAGUAGCAGCAGUAGCAGUAAUAGCAGUAGCAGUAGUAGCAGUAGCAGCAGUAGCAGUAAUAGCAGUAGCAGUAGUAGCAGUAGCAGCAGUAGCAGUAGCAGUAGUAGCAGUAGCAGUAGCAGCAGUAAUAGCAGUAGCAGCAGUAGCAGUAAUAGCAGUAGCAGUAGUAGCAGUAGCAGCAGUAGCAGUAGCAGCAGCAGUAGCAGCAGUAGCAGUAGUAGCAGUAAUAGCAGUAGCAGCAGUAGCAGUAGCAGCAGUAGUAGCAGUAGCAGUAGCAGCAGUAAUAGCAGUAGCAGCAGUAGCAGUAAUAGCAGUAGCAGUAGUAGCAGUAGCAGCAGUAGCAGUAAUAGCAGUAGCAGUAGUAGCAGUAGCAGCAGUAGCAGUAAUAGCAGUAGCAGUAGUAGCAGUAGCAGUAGCAGCAGUAGCAGUAGCAGCAGCAGUAGCAGCAGUAGUAGUAGCAGUAGCAGCAGCAGCAGUAACAGCAGCAGCAGUAGCAGCAGCAGUAGCAGUAGUAGCAGUAGCAGCAGCAGUAGUAGCAGUAGCAGCAGCAGUAGUAGCAGUAGUAGUAGUAGUAGCAGCAGUAGCAGCAGUAGCAGUAGCAGU